AUGAAGUCUUCAUCGAAAAUCUCGAGUAGCGACGCGGCCAUCAGAAAACAGAAAAAGAAGUCCAUCGCGUGCCGGAGAUGCCACUCACACAAAAUAAAAUGCACUGGUGGCCAGCCAUGUCUUAAAUGUCGGCAGGCUGGUUGUCCUGCCGAUUGCCACUAUGUCAAUCGAGAUCGUCAAGUUAAAGUGCACGAGAGUUAUCUUGAGGAGCUCGCUGCAGAAAACCAGCGCUUGCGUGGCCAAUUAUCACAAUCACCCGCAUUCCUAACGCCAAGAGAACAUCAAGCGCAUGACGAAGAUGUACCCGAAUCCGACGCAGAUACACAUGUUCGGAAUCCAAUGCUCGGUGAACGGGCAUGGUUCCUACCAUAUGACCCUUCAUUACCACCGAUCCACGUCUGUGAAGCAGCAUGCACGGCAUUCGCCACCAGGCUGCGAAAGGUUCUUACCAAGAGCGAGACCACUUCUCAUAUGCCUCGCACUCAAUACACGCCAGAAGAUACGUUAAUGAAAAUACGCAAUCCCACAAUGCAAUGGCCGAGCUUGCCCCGGGCUCGGCUUUUGAUUCAGAUCGUGUUCAGUCAGGUGACGCGGGUGUAUCAUUUGCUUCUUCGCAAGUCGACGAUUGACCAGCUCGAGGAGGCCUAUCGCGAUGGCAACUUCGACGAUCCGGUAUUGACGUGUAAAUUCUUUGCUCUCUUCGCUCUCGGAGAAGUUUAUUCUGCGCGAUCCACCCCGGGCCUUGAAUGCAACGUCCCCGGCGUGGCUUAUUACGUGAAUGCGAUCACAAUGAUACCUAUUUUGCCCGAACGGCCAAGUCUGGCACAUAUUGAAUCCCUUUUACUUUUGUCACUAUAUUCGUUUUUCUUAAACCGACGCCAUUCGGCAUUUCUGUUGGUCGGCAGCGCUAUGCGUCUUGGCUUGACUGUGGGUCUUAACCACAAUAUUCCAGAAAGCAAGUGCCCGGACCCAGUGCAGCGUCAGCAUCGGACCAGACUAUGGUGGGCAAUAUAUGUAUUCGACCGAAUGUACGGCUCGAAGGUCGGCUGGCCGAUUCAAAUUUCUGACGCGGACAUAUAUGUUGACAUGCCAUCCAAUGUGCCUGGUGAUAUCCACAACGAUCAUACUUCCGACACUGAAUUCCUCACCGCCAGUAUUGAGUUGGCCAAGAUCACAGGUCAGGUCAUUGACCAUGUGUACAGCCGAAAAGUGUUCGCAGAGUCUUUCUUGCAGCGGGAGCAAAAGUUGCUCAUCUCUCUCAAGGAGUGGUGUUGUGCCCUACCCCCGCAGAUUCGGCUCAGCCGCGAGGGUCCCGUUCCGAUGAAUGUUAUCUCACUGCAUCUUCAAUUCAACCAAUGCAUAAUGCUAGCCAGUCGGCCGAUCCUUUUACACGCGCUGAUCCAAGCUACAUCCUCAGACUCUAUUGCAGAGGAUAAUGCCCAGACGAACAUCCGCCAGACUCUAAAAACACUUUGCGAUGCGUGUAUUCACGCCGCAAGACAUACCCAUUCGCUGAUCGUGGAAGAGUGGACCAACGGAUCAGUCCCGAUCUUCGGAUAUUUCUAUGCUCACUAUCUGUUUUCUUCGGCACUGAUAAUGGUCAUUUCCAGUCUGGUAUACCCCGAGAAUAGCAACGACUUUGCGUUAUUCGAAGCAGCUUUCGAAAUUCUUCGAGCGAUGAGCAGCCACGGGAAUCUUGCUGCAACCGAAUUUUACGAUAACUUGGAAUGCGUGAAGCAGUGCUUGGAUGAGAGGAGGGGGUCAGGAGACGGUCAUUUCCAGAGUGAUUUAUCUCGAGUUGCAGAGAGCUCAAGUGAAUCUCUCGCUGUCAUCGCCCCUCACCAGCUGGGGCUUUUUGGUAAUACCGCUACCUCUGGUAUUCCUGAAGCCACCGUACAGACAAAUCAUGCCAACGACAUGGCUUUCCUGGGGGAGAGCAUGGAAGAAUUCCUAGCCCAGCCAGACGUCGAUUUCGACAUGCUCGACCCCUCUCUUACCGAUGCUGUAUACUCGUGGCCAAACUUUUCUCUAUGGACCUCAUGA